GAAGACCAGAGAGGGUGCCCAGUUGCUGAUAUGGAACCGGUCACACAAACAACCAGAGUAGUGCAAAUCACUGUGACAGAUGGAUAUGAUUUGAAAGGUUUUAAAGGAGAUACUCCAGUUACUUUUAUUCGUGCAGAAUUCAAUCAAGUAGUACUGGGAGAUUCUUCAAAAGUUACAGUUUCUCCAGAAGGAACUACAAAGUACAACUUCACUAGCAGUUUUGAGUACAAUCAGGAUGGAGGAAUCACUUUAGAUGACAUCGCCCACAAACCUGCAUUCUUGACUGUGACUGAAGUUUUACCAAAGGAAAAGAAGCAGAAAGAAGAAAAGACCUUAAUUCUUGGUCAAGCUGUGGUGGACCUUCUUCCAUUACUGGAAGGAGAGAGUUCAUUUGAAAUAUCAGUCCCACUACACCCUGUGCAGGGCUCGCCCUUAGAGACUCUUCGGCCAGGUGUUAAGCAGAGCAGUCUUGAUGUUAAGGUAUCUGUGGGAGAGCCCUUACUGACCUCAGCCCAGGUCUUAGGGGGCAAUCUUCUGAAGGUCACAUUGGAGGCUGCCUACUCUCUGCCUGAAUCAUUCGUCCCAGCAGGGACUCAGCAGAACUACAUGGUUGGUAUGCAAGUUCCAUCAGUUGGAGAGAAAGACUAUACCAUUUUAUUCAAGAAUGGAAAUCUAAAGGUUGGAGGUGAAAGAGAACCUGUUCCCCGACCCAAAAAAUGGCCUAUUGCCAACAUUCUAGCUCCAGGAGCAAAUAACAUUCCUGAUGAAUUCAUUGUUGGUGGUCCCUAUGAGGAAGAAGAAGGAGAACUCAACCAUCCCGAGGACAGAGAAUUUAGGAACCAAGCAGAGUGCGUGAAAAAAAGGAUUGUUUGGGACUUGGAAAGUCGCUGCUACCUUGAUCCUUCUGCAGCUGUCAGUUUCCAAAAGCGAAUUGCUGAUUGCCGGCUUUGGCCUGUAGAGAUCACAAGAGUUCCUCUGAUUGUUGUACCCAAAGGGAAAGCUGCCAAGGCUGAAAAGGCUGAAGAUGAAACUCUGCUUUCAUUUCACGGUGUGGCUUAUGUUAAUAUGGUCCCAUUGCUGUAUCCUGGUGUGAAGAGGAUUCGAGGAGCUUUUCAUGUCUACCCCUACAUAGACAGUGCCGUCUUUGAAAAGACCAAAUGUUUAUUUAGCUUGUUCCGAGACACUGGCCAUCAUAAUAUGAUUCACAAUAAUAAAGGAGGAAUUAAUUCUCCACUGUCCAAACCAGUUGCUAAGAAUCUGAAAGAAGAUAAAACAGUGAAAGAAAAAGAUAUAGAUGGAAAGCCUAGACUUACAGAUAUGCAAGCACCUAGUCUAAGAUCUCAGAGCUCAGAUACUCCUUUGGAAGGUGAAACCCCUGUAACCCACAAUCCAGAAGGCCAGCAAUAUCUAGAAGCAGGGACAUACAUUGUGUUGGAGAUUGAGCUGGACAAAGCCUUGGUUCCAAAGCGAAUGCCUGAAGAAUUAGCUGAAAGGGUUAAGGAAAUGAUUCCUCCAAGGCCACCUCUUACCCGUCGGAGAGGAGGAGCUCAGAAGGCAGUGAAUGACUACCACUUGCAGAUCAAGAACAUUUCUAAAGCCAUUCUGGAUGAGUACCACAGAAUGUUUGGGAAAGAAGUGGCUAAACUGGAGCAUGAAAUCGACACUGAAACCCUGGAAGAGCAGAAGUGCCAGCUCAACUAUGAACUUAAUUGUUCUGGAAAGUACUUUGCUUUCAAAGAACAACUCAAGCAUGCUGUGGUGAAGAUUGUGAGAGAGAAAUAUUUGAGGACAGCAUCCUUUGAAAGCCAGGAAGAACUGCAGACAUUUAUCAGCGAACUUUAUGUGUUCUUGGUAGAUCAAAUGCAUGUGGCACUAAACCAGGCUAUGCCAGAUGAUAUCCAAGGCCCUGUUCCAGUCAUUCAGUCAACCAGUGGUCAGCUUCGACUCUUUGCAUAUGAAGCAGAAGUCAAUGAGAACUAUGGAAUGGCAGCAGUGUAUUAUGAAGAGAGGUUGGUCCGUGAGCCCCACAACCUAGAGCAUUGGCUGGACUAUGGCGCCUUCUGCCUCCUCAUUGAAGACAACGUCAAAGCCCAAGAGUGUUUCCGGAAAGCUCUUUCCCUGAAUGAGAGUCAUAUCAACAGCUUGUUGCUGUGUGGUAUCCUGGCUGUCUUGUUGGAGAACUAUGAACAGGCAGAAAUUUUCUUUGAGGAUGCCACUUGCUUGGAACCAACCAAUGUGAUAGCCUGGACUUUACUUGGUUUGUACUAUGAAAUUCAAAACAAUGAUAUUCGAAUGGAAAUGGCAUUUCAUGAGGCUUUCAAACAACUUCAAGCACGAGUGCUCCAGAUACCAGCAGGAAAGCAAAAGAGCAUGGGCAAUAUGGCAGGCACCAUAGAGAAUAUGGAAGAAAAAGGGAAAAUGGAAUCUAAUGUAGGCCCUUGGGGAACUGGAAAUAACACAAAUAAUGAGUCUUCUUCAUCAGCAGUCAAGGCAGAGGCCUCAACAGGAGCAGCAGCUACAUUAUCUAUUGUAGAUGAAUUUGUUGAAGAAUCUUCUAAACUGCAGUCUGAGUCACGAGAACCCAUUACAAUGAAGCAAUCUCUAGAUCCAGUUAUUGGCCCAAAUACAUCUAGCAUGGUUUUAAAGGAUACCACAUUGAACAAAAAAGAAGCAUCAAAAUGUCAAGAUUCGCCAGCUUUUCUGCAUCCACCCCCUAGUAGUGUUCCCCAAACUCAUACCACAGUCUUCAUGGAGACCAUACGCUUCUUGAUGAAAGUCAAUGCUGUACAGUAUGUGCACAGAGUGCUUGCACAUGAGCUACUAUGUCCUCAAGGAGGCCCCAGCUGUGAGUAUUACUUGGUGCUGGCCCAGACACACCUUCUCAAGAAGGAUUUUGCCAAGACAGAGGAAUGUCUUCAGCAAGCAGCGCAAAUGGAUUAUCUGAACCCUAAUGUCUGGGCUUUGAAGGGCCAUCUCUAUUUUCUGAGUGGAAAUCAUGUGGAGGCCAAGGCAUGCUACGAGCGAACGGUUAGUUUUGUAGUAGAUGCAACUGAGAUGCACUUCAUCUUCCUGAGACUGGGGCUCAUCUAUCUGGAAGAGAAAGAGUAUGAAAAAGCCAAGAAAACCUACAUGCAAGCCUGUAAGAGAUCACCUUCAUGCCUUACCUGGCUAGGAGUGGGAAUUGCCUGUUACCGGCUGGAGGAGCUCACAGAGGCUGAGGAUGCUCUUUCUGAAGCCAAUGCAUUAAACAACUACAAUGCUGAAGUAUGGGCAUAUCUGGCUCUGGUCUGCCUAAAAAAUGGACGGCAACUGGAAGCUGAGCAGGCCUACAAGUACACGUUAAAGCUGAAACUGAAAGAUGAGGUUCUGCUUGCAGAAAUCCACACUGUACAGGAAAUGGUUGGCUUUGGAAAUCCAUCUUUCUGACGUCCUUACAAGUGAUGACUUUUUGUCUGGGACUCAACUCCUUUUCUUCCCAGAAAGUUUCACUAUAUAAAGCCUGAAGCUGGAAGGCACAGAACGUUCACAACAAACAAACCAUAUUCAUCUCCAGUGGCUGUUAUUGGAGGUUUUAUUAAACACUAAACUGGAUUACAAUAAAACGUAAACAGGAGAUUCAGAAUUCAUCAGUGUGGUCUGGAGUUAA